UCACUGUCUCUCCCUCUCUUCAAUAACUAUCUCAGUUGGAGAAACAGAAAUAAAGGAAUUCCUUGCUUUGGAGGAAAAAAACCCUUAAUUAUCAUCAAACAGAAAAAAUGGUGGGAACUAUCACUAUCACAGUUGGUCAAAGAGAAGCUGCAAAUGUGAUUCUGAAAGAGGAGUCUACUGAAAAUAUGGAGAUUAACCCACCAGAAUUAAAUGAUAAAUCAAAUGAUGACGAACAGAAAGACAUAGAAGAUGCUAAUAAACAGCUGCCAUCAGAAGAAAAAGAAGAGCAACCUAGUGAAUCUCCAUCAAAUGAUGUUGGAUUUAAAAAGGUUUUUAAAUUAGUUGGAUUCAAAUUUACAGUUAAAAAGGAUAAAACAGAGAAAAUGGAACCUGUUCAGCUGUUGAAUGUAAAAGCAGAGGUCACAGAAGGGUCAUAUGAUGGAGCUGGAGAUUAUAAAGAAUUCAAGACAGAGACAGAGGAAGAAGCCACACAAAGUGAAAUACUUGACUUUGUAGAGAAGACUGAGGAAGAAACUCAGACUGAGGAGAUGAAAGAAAAAACCUCUGAGAAAGUAGCAGAAAGCCCUGUUGAAGCAGAAAGCAAAGAGGCAGAAAUUAAAACGAAUGGGAAUAAGUCUCCAGAGUCUCCAGUAAGCCCAUUAACUAGUGAAACUGCGUCACCCCUAAGAAAGUUUUUUACUCAGGGUUGGGCUGGGUUUAGAAAAAGGACAAGCUUCAGAAAACCUAAAGAAGAGGAACCGCAAACUGAGAAAGAAAAGCAAGAGCAAAAAUCAGAAAAAGAAAUGACAAUAGAAGGAAUAGUUACUAAAGAAGAAUUAGAAAAAGAAAAACUCUCACCAGAAAAAGAUAGGACAGAAGUUUCUUUAGAAGCCAGUGAUGUGAAAAUGGAAAGUGAGAAAGAGAGAGAAGAAGAAACAAAAAUGAUAGAAGUCUCAACAGAAACCAAUCUGAAAGAAGCUGCUACUCCCGGUGAGCAACCAUCAACAGAAGAAGUGGCUGAAAAUAUAAAUAAAGAAGUUGAUAUAAGCUUGAAAGGGAAGACUGACCUGGAGUUAGAGGAAAAAUUGGAACCGGUGCAAGAGAGUCUAAUAGGCUUAGAGCAAAGUACUGUUGCGUUGUCUGAAGAAAAAACAGAACUGGGAGCUCCUUUGUUAAAUGAAGUAUUUGAAGAAAAAAUAAACCAAUCUGAUUCAUUGUCUCCAGUAACAGUAGAAAAGCCUGAGGAACCUUUUGAAAUAAUAGAAGAAAAGUCAGAACCAAAGGCUCCUCUGGCCACAGAAAUUUUUGAUGAAAAACCUACAGAGGUUGUGACAAAAGAAGAACCCAAAACAACUAAAAAAGAACAACUGGUUCUUGAACAAUUAGUCAAAACAAAGGAUGACUUUCAGAAAGAGCAACCCACUGUUGACACCGUUGAACAGUUAAAAAUCAUAGAAACCGUUCCUGAAAUAGUGAAGGAACACUUCAGGCAAACAGAUCCAAACAACCUUGAUGCAGCAACACACAAAGCUCCAGAAGGCAUAACAAGUGAGGUGGAAUUGCUGUCAUCCCAAGAAAAAGCCAAGAUGCAAGGCAGCCCUUUGAAAAAGCUUUUCACAGGGACUGGCUUAAAGAAAUUGUCGGGAAAGAAACAUAAAGGAAAGAAAGAAGAAGCUAAGCUAGGGGAAGCAGCAGAGCAAAUACAGCAGUUGUCUGAUUCUGCCGAAAGCCCAGACGACCCAAGGGCAGAAAGCUCUGCUUCUUCCCCUGAAGAAAUGAUGGAAUCUGUAGAAAAGGCCUCAGAAGCUGCACAGAUUCCUGAAGGGGAAGAAGGAUCUCCUUCAGAUGCAGAGAAGAAAAGAGAAAGUGUUACACCAUGGGCAUCAUUUAAAAAAAUGGUGACUCCUAAGAAACGUGUCAGGAGACUUUCUGAAAGUGACAGAGAAGAAGAACUUGAUAAGACAAAGAGUGCUACUUUGUCUUCAACUGAAAGUGCACCUAAUGAUGAACAGGACGAUAUUAAAGAAAAUGAUGAGGAACAAAAAAUAGAAAAAAGUGCAGAUGAGCCCAAGAGAAAAGUUGAUACUUCUGUGUCAUGGGAAGCUUUAAUCUGCGUAGGCUCAUCAAAGAAAAGAACCAGAAAAUCUUCAUCUUCUGAUGAAGAAGUAGGACAAAGACUUGCUCAAGAUGGACAAAAAUUAGAUGAAGGUGCACCAAAUAAAGAAGCAGUACAUGACAUUAUCUUUACUAACUCACAGGAAAGUGAUCAAGGACAAGGAAAUUCUUCACCAGAACAAGCAGGAAGCCCGUCUGAAACAGAGGGUGUUUCGACAUGGGAAUCUUUUAAAAGACUAGUAACUCCAAGAAGAAAAUCUAAAACAAAGAUGGAAGAGAAAAAUGAUGAACCCACCACAGUUCCAAGUUUAGAACAUGCUACCUUAGAUGGGGAUGCUGGAAAAGAAGAAUCCUGGGUUUCAUUUAAAAAAUUAAUGCCUGGUCGUAGGAAGAAAAAAUCUGAUGGAAUACCAGAACAUGUUCCUGUUCAAGAAGCUGGAGAAGAAAUUACAGGAACAAACGAGGAGGACUCUGAUGUUCCGGCAGUUGUUCCUUUAUCAGAGUAUGAAGCUGCUGAGCAAGAGAAAUUUGUAGCUCAAAAAACAGAGCAAGAAGAUAAGAAAACUUCAAGUCAAAAUAUAGAAAAGUCAGAAAGUACAUUAAUAAUUGAGCAGGCCAGUGAAGGAUUAGUUCAUGCAGUUGCUGUCUCAGUGGUAGAGGGUGAGAGAGCAGUUACAAGUAUUGAAGAAAGAUCACCAUCUUGGAUAUCAGCUGCUGUGACAGAGUCUAUUGAACAUGUGAAUGAAGAUGAGAAAAAAUCUGAGCAGAUUUCUGGAACUGGAAUUGUUGAAGAAACAGUAGUGGUUACUAAACUUAUACCACAUAUGAGAAAGAAUAUUAGUGGUGAUACUAUAGUCAGUGAACUGGAGUUAACCUCAGAAGCAGUUACAGCUCGAGAAGAAGCUUCAGGCGUUGAAGAAACAACUGAAAUAUCUUGUGCUGAAGAGACAACUGAAAUGGUUUCAGCAGUUUCAAGGCUAACUGAGUCCCCUGAUACUACAGAAAUAGCUACACCAGUGCAGGAGAUAGAGGAAAGUGAGCAAGAUCUAGAAGAAUUAAACAAACAAACACAGGAAAGGUUGCAAGUAGUUGCUGAAAGAAUUAAAUUGUCCGAUGGAAAGGGGAUUAGUGAAGAUCUGACAGAAGUAACAGUUCAGCCAUUAUCAGCUGAGAAAAUUGGACAUGAAAUUUCUGCCAUAUCUAAAGAAGUGGAAUUGCCAUUAAAUGAGGUUGUUCAAAUUAAUGAAGUUACAGAAAGCUGUGAAACUCAGAUUAAAGUUAAAGAAGAUGGUCUGAAGGAGGUGUUAAAAAAGAGUAAUGAAAUGUUAGUAGAAGGGAAAGAAGAGUCAGAACUGAUCACUAGCUUGGAGUUGGUUGAAAGUCAUCAUCCAAAGACUGAACAAGAAUCUGUAAAACAAUAUGAAGACAUAAUUGGAGAACAGACAGUUGAAGAAAAAUCUGAUGAAGGAUUUGUCAUUGUCACAGUAACCCCUGACGAGCAACCAGAAAUAGAAGUUAGUGACACCUUUGAAAAGCAACAAAUGUUAUUAAAAGAAAUGGACAGUGAAGAGUACAAGAGUACAGAUACAAUGCAGGAAAUCAUAAUGAAUUUAGAAGAAACUACUCAAAAUAAGGUUACAGAGAGUGUUCCAGAAAUGGAUGAAUUAGAACAAGUAACAUGUGAUGAGAAGUCUCAGGUACAUCAGAAACAGGAAGAAAUACAAAACAACUUAUAUGACUUAGAAUCACAGCCCUCAGAAAUAAUUUUAGUAGAAGUAAAUGAGGCUGUUGCACAGAAUGAAGUAAGAGAUUUUGGUCUUUUAACAGAAUCUCCACAGACUGAAGUAUUUGUGCCUGAAGCAGCUAUCCAGAGCCAGCUCACUGAAGUUCCACCAAGUACAGUUAAAGAUGUUGCAUUUGGUACAGAAACGGGAAGUACAGAGGAAGCUGCAGUUGAGGCAUGUGUACAGAGCAAAGACUCUUGCACCUCUUUAAAAAAUGAAGCCCAUAUACAGAAGGUGGGACCUGAGGUUCAGUUGCAGAAAUUCGAAUCCAGGAUUUCUCAGACAGAUGUGAAAACAGAACCUUUCUUACUCUAUGAAGAAACCCAGAUUCUUGCAGAGACCAUGGAAAAAGAGAUGUCCCCUCAAGUGAUGGAAAUGGAUGUCCACAAGCUGAAUGCAAAGGCUGAGGCCCAAGUAAUAAAUGACCAUGUAGAGGAACUGGAAAUAAAGUCCCAGGUACAAAGUGGGGAAGCAGAGGUCCUGGCGGAAAAAGCAGAAUUAAAAGUAGACAUGGAACUCUCCACAGAGAAAGCAAAAACAGAGUCUCCCACAGAAAAAGUGAUUAUUGAGGAUCACCUAAAAGAGGAAGAAGCACAACUCUCUGCAGAGAAGGCACAUACAAAGUUGGAAAGGGAAGUGUGUCAAGGUAAAAUUGAUGUAGAGGUAGAUGUAGAGAAGAUUGAGAAAGUGGAAGUAAGGGUUCCUGAAGAGAUGGUAAAUGGAACAGUGUUUGUGGAAACUUCCACAGAACAGAUAGAUGCAAAGUUAGAAUCAGGGGUUCCUGUAGAAAAGGCAGAUACAAAGGUAGACGAGGAAGCUUCCAAAAAGAAAACAGAUGCAGAUGUAGAAGCAGAUGUCCCUGCAGGGAAGACAAUAAUAGAGCCCCUACAGGAUCAGGCAGAUGCAAAAUUGAAUGGGGAGAUCUUUGCAAUGAAAGGGGAUAUAAAGUCCUAUGCAGAAAAUAUGGAUGCAGAGAUUGCUAAGAAUGAGAGUGACAUACUCAAUUGUCUUCCAGCUGAUAGAAAGCACUUAACAGAGGGGGCAGCAGCUGAAUCCACUGUAGAAAAAACAGUAACUGAGCUCUUCACAGAGGAAGUAGUAGCUUCCAUGGAGAAGGUGGACACAAAGGCUGGUGUGGAAGUCUUCACAGAGAAAGUGGAUGAAAAAGCAAAUGCAGAUGUCCCUGCAGAACAGAGGGCCGCACAGAUCCCCACAGAACAGUCAGAUGGAAUGAUGGUAACCGAAGCCAUCGGUAGGGAAUUAGAACUGAAGGAGACUCUGCAAAAUGUGAUGAACGAGGUCAGAAUUCAGUCUGAGGUGGAAGAUUCUGGGGAUUCUUUAUCUAAAAUUUGUGAUGCUGUUGUUUCCAAUGAGCCUUCAAGGAGAGAAGAAAAAGAUGCUUCUUCUACUGCAGAAAAACCAACAGAAGAGGCUGUACUUGAAAAACCUUCUGAAAGGGACCUACUUCACAUUUCAGCACCUGUGCAGACUGCCAUGGAUCAAAUCCAGAAAUAUGUCGAAGAUCCCAAUCUUACUUUUCCAUUACAAUGUACAGAAAGAAUUUCAGCGAAAGCCUCAGGAACUGAAGAACUAAAAGAUGUCACGCUUGAGGAAUCAAAAUGUACUGAGGAAAGUGGGAUUGAGAUCCGUAUGCAAAAGAAAUUACUAGUACUUCCUUCAGAGACUGAGGCCAUAGACACUGGUGUGUCUGAAGGCCUUAUGCAGAAUGAAAAGGAAGAUACACUCAUCCAUUUGGAACCCCAAUACAGCAAGACUAAGGGAGCUGCUGAAACUCUGGAAAAUGAGGAAGCUUUGAAUUCUGUUAAAAAUGAGUUGGGAAAUGGAAAGCUACCAGCUGGAAGAGAAUCUGCAGGAAAAAUUGUAGCUGAAGCUGUCAUGAGUGAAGAAGAAGGGGACCUCCUCAUCUCAGACUCUAGAUUUAUAGAAAGUGUUGUCUCAAAUGUUAUUUUGGAAAAAAAGAGAGAGAGGGAGCUGCCAGAAAUAAAAUCAGAAGUCCAAGAGGCAGAUAUGAGUGAUACCUCUGUAAAGACUGAAACACAUCUUGAGGAAUUGCCUGUGGAAACAGUGCGUUCACCUUCAGAGUCUAAAGCAGCUUCAGAAGGCUGCCAGGGAACACUACAAUUAUUAGAGAUGGUUCAAAUAAUGGAAUUAGACAAGGCAGUACAAAAACCUGAACUUGCUGCAGGUGGUGUGCUUUAUGCAGCUCCUAUACAAGAGCCUUUCACUGAGCAACAGGAGGAUGCUGGCACUGAUAUUCAUGAUUUGCAAAGUUAUGCAGAUUAUAUAUCUUCUGUAACCAUAACAGCUGCAGCAGAAGAGCGUGUCAUUGCAGAACAUGUCACACUUACAGAAACAUCAACUGAAACCUUGCAGACUUCACUACAAGAGCCAAAAAAGCCAGCAUCAAAAACAAUACAGUUUAGAAGCUUUGCUCAUUCAGAAUCUGGAAUUCUGUAUCCUGAUCCUGAUGCAGUGGCAUUUUCAGAGAAAAUAGAUUCAGUGAUAGAAGAAUCAGUUUUAUCAGCAGUAAGAUGCACCAAAGAAGGCUUACUCCAGAAGUGCGUAUUUGAUUCCACUUCGAAAAUGGAGCUCCCAGAAUCUUCAACUAAUGAAGAAAGUGAGCAAAAGGUGAUGACUCCAGAAAGAAGCCCCUCUACUGAAUUACCAAAAGAUGUUCAGUCUGUAACAAUAGAGUCUCAGAGUUCAAAAAUUGUGCAGAAAAUAAUCCAGAAUGCAGUUGAUAAAUUGGAGCAAACAGAAGAGGCCAUUUCUUCUUUAAAGCAGGAGAGUGAAGCAUGUCUAGUGAGUGGAAAUGAAUCUGGAAUUCAGGAAGAUGUACAAGUUAGUCAGCAGAUUUCUGUGGCUGAAGAGAAAACUCAUGAAAUUCAGCCAACAUCUGUAACUGCAGAGAAAAAAGAAGCCAUCAGAGUAGCAAAAGAAAUGCCUUUAAGUUCUACUGAAUCUGAAAAUGGAGAAAAAUUGAGUUCCAGAAAGACAGAUGCUGAUCUUGAAACUGUGAAAGACAUUGUAAAUGAAACAGAAAGGAAGAAUGGUGACUCAAAGCCUCAAUUAGAAAUGGAUACAGCUGUUUCAACAGAGACUCAAAAAAACAUGCUAGGAAGUAUUGUCUCAAGAGAUCUACCAAAAGGAUCUCUUCAAAUAGAACAAUCAACAAUAAUGGAUUUAGAAGUUGGGCUAAUAGUAGAAAACCAAGAAAAGUUAAUACAACAUCAGACUCACAGGAAGAGAAAAGAAGAUUACAGCCAAUCGACAGAAUUUCCUGAGAUGCAUAAAGAGGAAGAUUUCACAUCUUGUGAAAGUCCACAGCUUCAGGCAAAACUCAGAGAAUCCUGAGGUUUUAUUUCUGUUGAAAGCUGCUUCUUACAUUUGGAGGGACCAGUACCUGAAGAAGGUAGCAGAAGAGGAUGGAUUCUGCUUAAACAGGCUGAAGACCAAUGAUUUUGCAGUGAGAACACAUCCAUGCUUUCAGAUGUUUUUCUGAGGAAGGCACCUGACAAUCCUGAGCCACCAUCAGGAGCUUGAGCCACCUCCUUUAGUUUUGAUUGUGAACGCUUCCUUUCACAAUGUUCUUUUACCUUUAUUUUUGUUGUUGAUAACAUAGAUUGGGGUGGGAUAAGGGACAGGGGCAGGAAGUAUUUUUGUUGAAAUGAUGUCAGUCUCUUAAUCUGGAAAGGAAGUUGGCAUCUUCUGAGAUUCCCUUUCUACCAGUGUUUCCCAAACUGGAUUGCAAUUCUUUGUGUAUUUAUGUGUAUAUCUUCAAGCAAAGUCUGAUUUAAUGUAUAUUUCCUCUUCUUUAUAUGUGAAAAAAAUGAAAGAAAAAAAUGAAAGAAAAUGAUCUCACUUGUCUGGACCAGGAACUAUUAUGAGUGACCCAUCACUGACCAUAGAUGGCUCCAAACAACUUGACAGUGGUUUCCCAUUUGCUUGGAGGAGUGUGAGAAUGAAUGUUUUAUGACAUAUAUAUUAUUAUGAGAUCAUAAUAAGUUGUGCAUACAAAAUGUUGCUUUCAUAAAGGUCAUUGCCAAACAAUACAAUUUCUCUUGAUCUGUUAGUAAAUUGUAAAUCUAAUUCAUACUUCAUGCCAUUUCUAAAUAUGAUGCUCCUUGUACUAUAUAUGUUACAAACAAUUUGGCUAUAGCUGAAUGCAGAAUUAAGUGGGCUUAAAAAGAAUGAUUUCAAUGAAUUGGAUCCAUCAUAAUUCUGUUGUUGGAAAGUUUGGAAAUCAUCUGAGUUGAUUCUUCCCUCUCUCUACUGUUCCCUACGCUUGUCUCUCAGAGGAUUGGGAUAACUUGUCAGAAUAGUGGUGGCCUUGAUAAUGAAAGUUGCAGGAGAAGGGAAAUCUCUUUCUCCCUAUAGUGCCACAGCAAAAGUAUUUGGAGCAGAAUGAAUGUUCCCAGUAGCAGAAAAGAAGCUAGAUCCAAUCCAUUGUUCUUAAUCUUGCCUAGGUUGGUAGUGGGUUGUGACUUUCAAGUCUGAAUAUAGUUUUAUUUUUGCUAGAAUCACCUGAGAGGAAGAUUAAUCUUUAAAAAUCAAAUAAGUUACAAAUUGAAAUUGUGCAUCUUGAGGUAUGAAUCAGUUUUAAAAAAUCUGGUAUCAUAACCUCAAGCAUUUUUUCCAGCUUCUAGCCCAUCAAGAAAAGAAAUUGGUCAAUUAAAAAAAAGACUUGUUUUUGCAGCAUACCCAUGUCAUAACAUAAAAAGAAAGAAAUACACAAGAGAUUAUGUCUUCUCUAUAUUUGCGUCCCCAGUUAGGAAAUGUGUUUCAUGAUGCUUAUAUACACUUAGUACACUGUGAUUUCUGAAAAGUGAUUUAAAUAAAGACUUGGCUUACAUUUAGGUUUGCACUCAUAUUCAGAAUAAAUGCAUUAUAAGAAAACUUAGGAAGCCUGGAGUAAAGACACUCAGUUUUGUUCAGUGCAGUUCAUAGUACGAGAUCAUAAUAAGUUGUUCAUACAAAAUGGGCAACCUUCAAAUGCUAAAUAACUGAAUAAUAAUUAAAACACUCAACUUAUUUAGGAUUUGAUCUUCUAGUCCCCAAGCUUGUCUAGCUGGUCAAAUUAAAUUGCACUUUGUAUUCUUCACACCUAUCCAGCUGAGCUUUUUCCAAGAUCCAGCAGGUUCAUUAUCCUGCCUGUAUUAUAAUUUAUUUGAAAAUGAACCAAGUGAGCCAAAUAAAUGCAUACUUUUAAGAGCUGCACAAUGAAUAAUAAAAUGGAAAGAUCAUUGAUGUGACUGCACCAUCUAGUGGUUACUAUCUACAUUUUAUAGCUUAGGAUAACUUUUGGCUAAUGUACUACUUUUAUUCAACUAAAAUAUGGAAUGGCAAGUGUUUCUUAAAAUUAAUCCUACAUUAUAUCUGGAACAGCUUGGCUAUAAAGGCAACUAUGAUAAAUGAUAAUAUGCAAUUUUAGGCAUGCAUUGUGACACUGCAGUGGGCUGAUUUGUGCAAAUUCAAAGUGAAAGAUGUUAUGCCUUUCUUUUUUUUUUCUU